GUUUCUCUGGAGUCAGGUGACCUCGUGCUGCUGUGCCUAUAAACGCAGAUCAGUGUGUGUGAGUGCAGAAUACACCAGAACCGACUCCAGACUGGUGCUGAGGGACACAACACAUAUUUCCUCUCACUUAUCUAUCAACUUAUUCGGUCAGGCAGUAUGUCAAAAGGUCCAGCUGUGGGUAUUGAUUUGGGCACCACCUACUCCUGUGUGGGCAUCUUUCAGCAUGGAAAGGUGGAGAUCAUUGCCAACGACCAAGGGAACAGGACGACCCCCAGCUACGUCGCUUUCACCGACACGGAGAGACUCAUCGGAGACGCAGCCAAAAACCAAGUAGCCAUGAAUCCCAACAACACAGUGUUUGAUGCCAAGCGCCUGAUUGGUCGACGCUUUGAUGACGCGGUAGUUCAGGCUGACAUGAAACACUGGCCCUUUAAAGUCAUCAAUGAGGGCAGCAAACCCAAGGUGGAGGUGGAGUACAAAGGAGAAAUCAAGACCUUCUAUCCUGAGGAGAUCUCCUCUAUGGUCCUCACCAAGAUGAAGGAAAUUUCUGAGGCCUAUUUGGGCAAGGCUGUGACAAACGCAGUCAUCACAGUGCCUGCUUACUUCAAUGACUCUCAACGGCAAGCCACCAAAGAUGCUGGAACCAUUUCAGGCCUUAAUGUGCUUCGGAUAAUCAACGAACCAACGGCAGCUGCUAUCGCAUAUGGGCUGGACAAAAAGGUUGGUAGUGAACGCAAUGUUCUGAUCUUUGACCUGGGUGGUGGCACCUUCGAUGUGUCCAUCCUGACUAUUGAGGAUGGCAUUUUUGAAGUCAAGGCGACUGCCGGUGACACGCACUUGGGCGGUGAAGACUUUGACAACCGAAUGGUCAACCACUUUAUUGGCGAGUUCAAGCGCAAGUUUAAAAAGGACAUAACCAGCAACAAACGCGCAGUCCGUCGCCUGCGAACGGCAUGCGAGCGGGCCAAGCGUACCCUCUCCUCCAGCACGCAGGCUAGCAUUGAGAUCGACUCUCUCUAUGAAGGUUCCGACUUCUACACUUCCAUCACCAGAGCACGUUUUGAGGAGCUCAACGCCGACCUCUUCCGUGGAACCCUGGAGCCGGUGGAAAAGGCCCUGCGGGAUGCCAAGAUGGACAAGGCGCAGAUCCACGACCUAGUGCUGGUUGGCGGUUCCACUCGCAUUCCCAAAAUUCAGAAGCUGCUGCAGGACCUCUUCAACGGCCGGGAUCUUAACAAGAGCAUCAACCCUGAUGAAGCAGUUGCCUAUGGAGCUGCGGUGCAGGCAGCCAUCUUAGCGGGAGAUAAAUCAGAGAAUGUCCAAGACCUGUUGCUACUGGAUGUUACUCCUCUCUCUCUGGGCAUUGAGACAGCUGGUGGUGUCAUGACUGUGUUAAUCAAGAGGAACACCACCAUUCCUACUAAACAAACCCAGACAUUCACCACCUACUCAGAUAACCAGCCCGGUGUACUGAUCCAGGUAUAUGAAGGAGAGAGAGCCAUGACAAAGGACAACAACCUUCUUGGCAAAUUUGAGUUAACAGGGAUCCCUCCUGCCCCUCGUGGUGUGCCGCAGAUUGAAGUUACUUUCGACAUUGACGCCAAUGGCAUCCUCAAUGUUUCUGCAGUGGACAAAAGCACUGGCAAGGAGAACAAGAUCACAAUCACCAAUGACAAAGGUCGUUUGAGCAAGGAAGACAUAGAGCGUAUGGUACAGGAAGCUGACAAGUAUCGUGCAGAGGACGAAAUUCAGAAGGAGAAGGUCACGGCCAAGAACACUUUGGAAUCGCUGGCCUUCAACAUGAAGAGCACUGUGGAGGAUGAAAAGCUAAAGGACAAGAUCAGCGCGGAUGACAAGAAAAUCAUCAUUGACAAAUGCAAUGAGGUCAUUUCUUGGCUGGACAGAAACCAGACUGCAGAAAAGGAUGAGUAUGAACAUCAACAGAAAGAGCUGGAAAAGGUCUGCAACCCCAUCAUUACCAAGCUCUAUCAGGGUACUGGUGGCAUGCCGGGUGGAAUGCCGGGGGGAAUGCCUGGAGGAUUUCCUGGAGGGGCAGGAGGUGGUGCAGGAGGGAGUGCAUCCGGUCCUACCAUUGAGGAGGUUGAUUAAUCCACAAA